ACGCGCGCUGCCAUUCAAGCGGUGAUACGCCUCGUAGUUAGCGUAUUUAUACGCAUUGCUGCGCAUUUCACCGCAGGAUUGCAGUCUGCGCUAAUACAGCAGAGUAGCUCACAUUAGAUUAGCUGGCCAGAUCAAAGCCGCACAAGGCGCUUCGCUCAGCGGUACAGCAGAGUAGCUCACAUUAGCUGCCAGGAUCAAAGCCUGCCGCACAAGGGCGCCUCGCAAUGAAAAAGAGCGACGAAACGGCUUCAGCCAGCUACUGGCGCGAACAGAUCCCCUGGUACCCGAGCACCGUCUUCGGCCCGUACCGCCUCCGCGGCUACUCGCGGCGCGAGCUGGUUGCUGAUGGAGUUGUGCACGCGGCAGGCUGCGUGCUCGGAUUAGCAGCUGCGGCACUCCUCAUCCCCCGCGCCAUCGCCGUGGCGACGCCCGCGCCGCUCGCGGCCGGCCUCGGUCUCUACGCGCUCUCGCUCGUUUGUAUGCUGUUCUGCAGCGCGACGUUCAACAUGAUGGUCGCGACCUGGAAGAAGUCGACCUGGGAGCUCCAGCUGGCCGACCACCUCGGCAUCCUCCUUCUCAUAGCUGGCACGUACACGCCGUUCAUGCUGCACGCUUGCAGCCCGCGCGUCCUCGCCUUCGUCUGGCUCGUCGGCCUCGUCUCCUUCGCCGCGAAGGCGUCCAAGUCGCCUCUCGACGUCGUCCAGCUCCACGUGCCGUGUUUUCUGGCGAUGGGCUGGGCCUGCACGAUGACGUGGACGGCGGUGUCACAGACGAUAACGCCCUGGGCGAUUCGGCGCCUGGUCGUCGGCGGCUGCCUCUACACGGGAGGCCUCGUGCCCUGGGCCUGCAACGGCCUCGAGUUCCACAACGCCAUCUGGCACGUCUGCGUGCUGGCGGCGUCGGCCGUCUUCUACUCAGUCGUCUACCACGAGCUCGCGCUGCCGCCGGCGGCGUGUGCCGGGCUCCUGUGAACAUACGUCGCGUCGUCGUCGUCCGUCUCCUCCGUCCUGUGAACAUUGAAGCUGUGUAAAUAUAACAAGAC